AUGCAUGAAGUUCCACCGAACAUAUUGGAUAUUGAAAGCACUCCAUCAUCGGUGGCAGUUCGGGAGAAUCAAAAUAUAAAUAUGACGUGUCGUGCUGAUGGAUUCCCAACGCCCAAAAUUAUUUGGAGGCGAGAAGACGGACAAAGUAUCACAGUCGAGCGUAAGAAGAAAGUUAUGGUGUACGACGGUGAGGUUCUUCAUCUCACAAAGCUCAGCCGAAACGAGAUGGGUGCUUAUCUUUGUAUAGCAACGAAUGGUGUACCGCCUUCGGUGUCGAAACGAAUAAUUUUGGAUGUUGAAUUUCCCAAUCAACUUGUUGGAGCUCCAUCUGGCACAGAUGUCACUAUCGAUUGCCACACUGAAGCACAUCCAAGAGCAAUCAUUUACUGGGUUUAUAAUCAAGUGAUGGUGCUGCCAAGCAAAAAGUACAUCAUUGAUUACAAUGAAAACUCGUAUCGAGCACACAUGAAGUUGACUAUCAAGAGUUUGUCGAUGGGUGACUUUGGAAACUAUCGAUGCAUAUCGAAGAACUCACUUGGGGAAACUGAAGGUUCCAUUCGAGUUUAUGAAAUUCCAUUACCAGCAACUCCAUCAAAGCAAGUAAUUAUUGCUGAACCCAAAGAAAGUAAGAGUCAAGAAAUAAAAUCAAUAGAAAUAUUGCAUCAUCGAAACAGUUGUCGAAACGAAUGA